ACGGAGUCCCCAGUUUCAUCCGAACCACACACCGAGAGACUUCUGCCGCAGACUUCAAAGUGGAACAGGCGGGAAAGUAACAGCAAAGAUGCAGAGGUGCUUUGGGAUUUUUUGCGUGUCGCUCAUCUUCUGCGCAACUCUCUCUGAGACCAUCGGGUUGGUCAUUGCGGCAAAGGAGAAACGGGGCUGGACACUGAACAGUGCUGGCUACCUGUUAGGUCCCCAUGGAAUAGAUGGACACAGGACUCUAGGAGACAAGCAGGGUCUGGCUGGCAAGAGGAGCAUGGACCAAGAGGAGGACUUCAGAACAGGUUCCCUGAGAAUAGCAGAUGGAGAUAUCAUCCACACUAUCAUUGACUUCCUGUCGUACCUGAAGCUUAAAGAUAUGGGAGCCUUGGACAGCCUGCACUCCUCUGUGACAUCAGAUGAACUGUCCAACCCCUAACGUGUCUGACCCUCUUCAGUUCAUCUCGAUCUACCCAAGUCUAUGUGUUUUCUGUCUGGACUCCCACUGCCCUAAAUGUCACCUUUCUGUAGCUCCAUUCACGCUCUGAUGCUGGAUGUGUCCUGGUACCAGGGAUCUGAUUAUUUUACUCUUUGAGAUUGAUUGUUCCCCUAAUAAAAAUAUCUGAUCGUUCUGCUCCUGUGUAAAUAACACACUUUGUGUUGGGGACCUCUGUUCAGAAACCAACACUGUGUUAUCAUCUUAAUAUACUAUCAUCUGAUUUAUGAGAAUGGGUUAAAAUAAAGAAACAAAUGGCACUGG